AUGACACAGGAACCUGGAGAUGAUGCUGUUCUGUCAUGUAAUCUUAAGCCAGCUAUCAGUGCUGCUUCAAUGGAGAUCAAGUGGUGGAGUAAGGCUGAUUUGGUCUUCCAUUAUAAGGAUAGACGAAUGAUAGAGAGCUGUGAGGGUCGAGUGGGUCUCUCAUUGGAAGAUCUACACAAUGGAAAUGUGUCUUUGACUCUCAGAGAUGUCAGAACAUCACAGAGGGGCAUCUAUAUUUGUGAAGUCAUCCAUGAACAUCAAGCAAUAAAAGAAUAUAUUUUUCUCCAUAUCAACUCCAAAGACGUUGGUCUGGUGGUUCCUAAUGGCACUAUAUCUGCUGAUCCCGGAGAAGAUGUCGUCCUACCUGUUCAUCUAAUACCUGAAACCAAUGCUGUGUCCAUGGACAUCAGAUGGUUUAGAGGGACAGAGCUCAUUUAUCAGUAUAAUAAGGGGCAGAAAGAAACAUGUAGUUACUAUGAGAACCGAGUGAGUUUGUUCUUCCAGGAGCUGGAGAGAGGAAAUCUUUCAUUGACUUUGAGAAAUGUUCAACCAUCAGAUUCAGGAGACUAUACAUGCACAGUCUUUAAGGAUGGAUGUCAGAAGACAGGAAUAGUUCACCUACAAGUGAGAGGUAAAAUAAAAGAACUGCAUUUGCUACUUUUCUAG